GAGCUGAACGUAACUGGCCAGUUCGCGCUCGUGGACAACUUGACCGCCAGUCAGCUGUACGGAUUCACCGUGGUGGCUGUCAACGAGUACGGUACUUCUUUGCCCAGCUCUAUCAUCACUAUCAACGUCACCGACCAGCACGGUGACGUCAUGCAGAAGGCGGUGACGUCACACCCUCACAGUCUGAGUGUAUCUGAGCUGUCGGCGACUCAACUCACUGUCAGCUGGGCGCCGCCCGUCAUCUCACACCCCACCGAGCGACUCAGAUACAGGGUGUCCUACCGCGGUCCGAACGCCACAGAGUACACCAACGUCACCACGGCGGCGCUGCUGCUCAAGCUGGUCAAACUGACGCCCAACUCUCAGUACAGUGUUUUUGUGACUGCGCUGAGCGGAUUGGGUGAGAGCCGACCGUCAGAAACUCUACAGAUGUGGACCAGCCCUGCAUAUCCUGCCUACGUCGAGCUGCCUACGAUCCACCCCACGGACAUGGUGAAGGAGGGAGGCAGUAUGACCGUACUGUGUAUCGCCAUGGCGGCCCCCGAGCCCACGGUGGCUCUCUACAUCAACGGGAGGCACGUGACUGAGGGUCGCACGCGGCACCUCGUGACGACAAUUCGUAACGUGACCCGUGACAUGAGCCAGGUGACGUGUUAUGCCGAUAACGGGUACGGCACUCCGAUGCAGUCGACUCGACACAUUAUCAUCAGCCGUCGUCCGAUGAUCCGCUCCCGUCCCACCUACGUGGCCAAGGAGGGCAGCAGUGUGACCCUGCGCUGUAAGGUGGACGCCAGUCCCGAGCCACAGAUGGUGUUCUUCAGGGAUCCAUCUCAGCGCCAGGCAGUCAUUGACGGAGGAAACUAUGUCAUCACUCUCAGCUCGGGACAGACGGAGGGAGACCACACCAUGGAGUUGAUGAUCAAGCAGGUGACGGCGGAGGACUUCGGCAACUUCUACUGCCACGCCGAGAACGUGUUUGGUGGUAUGACCAAGCUGGUCACGCUCACCCAACAGAAGGAGGCGCCCAAACUGUACAACCUCGGCGUCACCGAAUGCUGUCGCCGACUCAACGUCAGCACGCAGUGUCAGCGCGCAUGCGCAUUUGACGUCGAUCUGGACGCGGUGCUGGCCAUGCCAGAGUGUGCCAGAGAGAUGGGAAAACUGAUGACGUGUGCGGCAGAUGGCUCUGAUCACCGGCGCUGCUGUGCCAAUAAGAUCGUGCCUACUCGGUGUCUGGACUGGUGUCGGGGCGAGCCGGUGGCCGCUGUUCAGGAGUGCUCAAUAGGAUACGCCAAGGAGAUCGUCGACUGCUUCGAGGAGGGAAAAGCCGUGCUGCCGGGCCCUCCUCUCAAUGUCCGUGUGGAAUCGGUCAGCAGUAACGCCGUCCGUGUCCGCUGGGACGAGCCCGACAAGAACGCAGACAAAGUCGAGGUCUACAGGGUAUACUGGCGCGCCCCGGAUGACAAGAUCUCGUCGCGCAACGACACGCGCUCGACAUCGCUGCGAAUCAGCGGCCUGCGAGCCGGUGUGGAGUACGAGUGCGCGGUGAAGUCGGGAAACCACUACGGAUCGAGUCAACUCACCACGCCGAUCAUGUUUGUCCCCGGCAGGAUAUUUGUGUCCUCGGAGAGCACCGAUGAAAACUACUACAUCGGCACUGGCACCGUGCUGGCGGUGGUGAUAAUCCUCGUCCUGGUGCUGGCCGUGAUGAUGGUCGGAGCCGUACUCUAUCGUAGAAAGAGGAGGAAGGCCGGAGCCGCCGACCGCGUCAGCUUCGAAAACCCCAGCUACCUCCGGGAAAUGAACCUGGAGAACCUUCAGAACACAUCGGAAUCGUCAUUCUCGGGCGGCCUGAACGGAACACACGGCUUCCACUCUAACGGCGACCCGGUAACUCUUAGUGUCAACAGUCACCGCCAGACGCCGCCACAGUCGAACGGCGGCAGCCAAUCAGCGUCGCCGGCGCGAUUUGUCGCCCUCCGCAACGGGCUGGGAUUGGUGGCCAAAAAGGCGGGAUUCAAACAGUUCGAGAACGAGCAGUGAUUGGUGGACGAGUGAUGACGCUCGGUGGUUUGACGAGGACAGCUCCACAAAUGCCUGUGAUUGGCUGCCACGUUUUGGGGAGGACGCUGAUUGGUGGGCGAGGACACGCUGGGCGUGGCUUGAUAAAAACGGUGGUGCGUUGACAAUAGAAACAGUGAGUGUGAUGAGCGUUGUCAUAUCUAUGAAAUGCGAGUACGUUUGUGUGACAUACUGAUGAAGUUUUGAAUGGUGUCUUUACGAACAAUAUUGGUGACUGCGUCGAAGAACGAUAUACUCAAUAGUUAACCAUACAUCACCAUCAGGUAAAUGUCAAUGAGCGCUUAAAUAGCUCUGUCUUAUUAAGAUGGGUGCCGCGUUAGGAAGAGGUUAAUGGUCACGUGCAUACUAAUAUGGUGUCGAAAAUAACAUCGAAAGGUGACUUAGCAUCACAAAAGUUGACUCAAUUACCGUUUAUUCUGAUCUGUGACCAGAACGAAUAUGAAAGUAAGGAUCUAAAGAAACUGUAACAUAUGGUGACAGUUGAAUCUGCUUCUGGGCCUCCUUAGCUCUUAUUACUCAAAAAUUCCGUGUUUUCCUUAAAUGCAUGUGAUUUAGGGGUCAUUUGGCGCAUUCAGCUUUCACUAUCAUGUUUAAAUGAGUGACACAUGGGAUUUGUCAUUGAUUUUUCAUGCUGCAUGACUAGGAUUUGAUGCAUUUAACUAUAAGGCCUCAGUAUUGCUUGUUGCAAACAUGUUCUGUGAUUUGAAUACGUUAUUCUCAAUGUCAAAACAUGAUAAUUCCGAUAAUCGGUAUUCUACCAUGUUGGGGGCAUCAUAUCUUCGGUGGCUGGAAGGAGCAGCCGAAACUCGAAGUCCGUUGUUUUUGGUUGUCAAAGUCGUUUAUAGUUGGUUGUCCAUUGACAGUCCAUGCCUCAGACUCUAGCCUUUCUUGUGCUCGCUUCCUGCCACUUACCGUGACCCCUAGUUGUUGAACUCCUUAAUUUAUCGGCGAAUGUUGCACGUUGUUACCGUGCCUCGCCAGGGAUGUACCACAUAGAUGGUACAAGGGCAUUAUAGGGCAAUUACACAUAGACUGGUGAACACAUCACACCGAUGAUAUUCGCAGUAGCACAAUUCACUCGAGUAUGAAUGACGUAUAAGUGCUAAGUGGUGUUUAUAAGGUACUUGACUGAUAUGCGAAGUGUGUUGUAUUCGAGUACUUUGUAUUCGAGUGUUCUAUAAACCUGUCUGAUAUGGGUUGAGAGGUCGCAUGUGAGUAAAUUGAUAGUGAUUGUUACAAUUAGAUUUAGUGAAAUGAGCGAACACAACUUCUUGAUUUUCCUUGGCAUUCGAAUCUCCGUACACUGCCAUUUCCAGUGAAGGACCUAGGAGCCCAAUAGAUUGGCAGAUGAACAAAGUUUGGUUUCACACAGCGUUUUUAUAACCCUAUGAACAACUAGUUACAAUUGCUAAAAUGGACCCAUGACACACACAAAAAAGCAACUCGACAUCCACUUUUAUAACACGAUAGACUACCAUGUUAGACGGCUAGAUUCGUGCGUGCGAACUGCGAAUGUUUGUAAGUUGUGUAUGAAUGUCGAAGUGUUUGCACACAGUUGUUACACGGACGAUGUUUGAGUGCUCACUGGCGUGUAUUUAGUCACAUGUAACGUGCCCUCAUCGUGUAAUAUACGUCAUGGGGCACCCGA